AUGUCAAAAUAUUGGCGGUUGACCUGUGUCGGAUCACUAGGAUUUUUGUUCCGAAUAAAUAUUUUUACACAACUGAUGAGUUUGAAUAAUUUGUCGUCAUUAGCCGCCAACGUCAGUAAGCCAUUCCGAAAAAUCGAGACUCGUUUGAAGAACGAGAAGUCCGAGAAUAGUAACUUAACCGACGGUGAGUUUAGGGAUCUGUUUGGUAUCUUUGGAGAAACGCUCGACCGAGCACUGGAAAUAAUCGGCAAACGAUCCAUAAAGCUAUACAAACGACAGGUCAACAAUCGCACAAUCAUCGAGAUUGCAGGAUCCAAGGAUUCGGUUUAUCGUUUCUUUCCAAACAUCAACUACUGCCCCUGCGAGGCGUAUCAAUACCACGUACUCAAGUCCCGGUCACAGUACACUUGCAAGCAUAUUUUGGCCGCAAAAAUUGCUUUGCUUUGCUUUCGCCAGAAAAUCGUCACCGAAGUUAUGCCUGAUGCGCAAUUCAAUGUCAUCGUGGAUUCGAUAACCGCAACGGGAUUCAAAUAGAUCAGUCUGGUGUGCCAAUGCACAAUUCGAAAGUGUUGUACGACAAAGGAUUAAUCAGGAAUUUGAAAAUGCUCACCCAAUCGCAAAUAACCGACUCGCAGAUCCGAUUUGUGGGUCGCAUGGACAACAUCAAAAUGUUUUACGGUGCCCUAAAGUCGCUGCAAUUCCACAACGAUGUGCUGGUCAAUUGGACAGACAAUGGAUUUAAGGCCACCGUUCAAGAUGCUAAAUAUUUGCAGGGCUCGGUCUACGUGAACAAGUCAUGUUUCACCGAAUACAGUCUGCUGGAAGAGACAACCAUUCGACUGAAUUUGGUCGUGCUCUGUGAUUGUCUGAGUAUUUUUGCAAAUAGUGGCGUCGACUGCAGCAUGAAAAUGAUCUACAAGGGUGACGGAUCCCCAGUCAUUCUAAUAUUGGAGCAACAUGGCAGCGACGAUUUGGUGACAGAAUGUUCGAUAAAAACGAAAACCUACGAGGAACCACUAGACUUUGCCAUCGACGACGAACAGGGCUGCAAUACAAUCAUUCUGCGUGGUGCCGAUUUCGCUACGUUGCUGAACGAAAUCGACAAAUCGGCCGAAGAAUUGGAAAUUUUCAUGUCGCCCAAGGCUCCGUAUUUCCGUCUGACCGUGCUGGGCGUCGUACAGUCCGAAUCGAAAACGGAAGUGGCGAAAAGCAGCGAAAUGAUCAUAACGUUCUCCUGCGACAACGAGUGCUCGAACAAAUACCGAAUGAGUCACAUACGGGGCAUGAUGAAAUCGGUACUGUUGGCCACCAAGGUGGCAAUACGAACGGAUUCGACGGGUCUGUUGAAUUUACAGUUGAUGAUCGGUCCGAGUUCGCAGAUCUGUAUCGAUUUCUUCGUCACGCCGUUGGUUGAUGAUUUUGCGGGUAAUGAUUCGAGUUAGCAUCGGCUUGCAUUGACUUAGUCGUUUCGGAAGAUUUACGGGAUUCAGGGAUUCAAAAUGUCAAAGGGACAAUAACAGCAUAUGUAUAAUGAGACACAAAAUAAAGAAGUAAAAUAAGUUCACUCUAUUGAGAGGAGAAAA